AUGCUCCCCGGAAGAGGAGGAGCGGAGGCCCAGGACUGGCAUUUGGACAUGCAGCUGGCAGGCAAGGUGGUGCUGUCCGCCGCUGCCCUGCUCCUGCUGAUCGUGGCCUACCGACUGUACAAGUCGAGGCCCAGCCAGGCCCCACUGAGGGGCAGGAACGCCAAGGCCGAGGCCAAUGAGGAAGCCAAGGGCUCCGGGCAGCCUGCGGUCCAGAAGGCUGCUCCCAGGUCACCGCACUGGGUACUGAGACACCGGAGGGGAAGCAAGGGGACCAGAGAGGUGCCAGGCCAUGGCUGGGAGAAUCAGGGGGACUCCCAAGUCCUGGCAACAGGACCCUCUCCAGAGGACUCAGAAGCCCACAAGGCUCAGGAGCCCGAGGAGAAAGGCGCUGGUGAGGAAGGGGGUGGGCAGCGCCUGGACUCUGAGCUGGGGCCUCCUCGCUACAGUGGCCGGGAAGCCGGAACAGCUGCUGGCGGUGAGACCGAGCUACCCCCCCACCCCCAUCUGGGCAGCGAGUCCCAAAUCUCCCGCACUGGCCUCACCACGGGGGACGGGGGCAGUGUUGGCAGUGAGCCUGCCCUGUGGCUGGAUGGUAGCCCCCCGGGGCAUCCCUUGGAGCAGGAAGCCAUCCCCACCACCUGGAUAGCCCACGUGGAAGGCCAGAGUUACACAACCAAGAGCUGGGUCUUCACCCGAGCCUCAGGAGCUUGGCACCACAGGGAGGAGGCCAGGGCCCUCCAGGCCGCUGCAGACAUGGGCCUGACCGUGCAUCAGCAAGAGGGAAACACCAGCGCCUCCUACACCUACGCGUCGGUGGCCCGGGUGCAUGUGGAGGAGAAUUUUCUGCAGGAGAAGGUGGAGGGGGUCGGGCCCAGGCUGAAGGGCAAGGUGUAUGAUUACUAUGUGGAAUCCACCUCGCAGGCCACCUCCAAGGGCAGGCUGGCCCGCAGAACAGCUGCCCUGGCUGAGGCCCCACCCCUCGUGCCACUGCCAGGCCCCCCGGAAGCAGGGGCAGCUUCAGGGGGCCAUGCCGCUGACCGGGAAGGUGGAACAGAAUCACCCGGGUCCUCCCAGCCCUCGCCGCCCUCCACGCAAGGCUUCAGCAGGAAGGACAGCCUCCUCCAGAUCCUGGAGAACCCAGAGCUCCAGCUGCAGCUUGAUGGUUUGGGGGCCCCCACUCCAUCCUACCCUGAUGGGAGAGCCCUGCCCGGCCUCCCCCUACCCCAGGCUUCUCUGGGGUCCAGCUCAUCUGGAAGCGGUGGGGAGCCCCACGUGCAGCUGGUGGCAGGGACCAAUUUCAUCCACCUCCCGCUGGCCCCUGGCUCCACCCCCGACGUCCACCUGGAUCUGGGCAACUGCUACCAGGUACUGACUUUGGCCAAGAGGCAGAAGCUAGAGGCGCUGCAGGAGGCAGCCUACAAGGUGAUGAGUGACAACUAUCUCCAGGUCCUGCGCAGCCCAGACAUCUAUGGGUGCCUGAACGGCACUGAGCGGGAGCUGAUCCUCGGUCGCCGGCUGCGGGGCCGCAAGCACCUGGUGGUGGCCGAUGUGUGCCCCCAGGAGGGCUCUGGCUGUCUCCGUUGCUAUGAGGACGAGCGGGACGUCUGGCACCCACUGGCCUGUCUGCCCCCCGAGGCCGUGUCCCGAGGCUGUGCCCUCUGCAGUCUCUUCAAUUACCUCUUCAUUGUGUCCGGCUGCCAGGGGUCCGGGAGCCAGCCCUCCAACCGCGUCUUCUGCUACAACCCGCUGACGGCGAUCUGGAGCGAGGUGUGCCCGCUCAAUCAGCCCCGGCCACACUGCCGGCUGGUGGCCCUGGACGGCCACCUGUACGCCAUCGGGGGCGAGUGUCUAAACACGGUGGAACGCUAUGACCCCCGCCUGGACCGCUGGACCUUCGUCCCCCCGCUCCCCAACGACACCUUUGCCCUGGCACACACGGCCGCGGCAUGCGCGGGGGACAUCUUCGUCACGGGCGGCACCCUGCGCUACCUGCUGCUCCGCUUCUCCGCCCGGGAGCAGCGCUGGCAGGCCGGCGCCACGGGGGGCGGCAAGGACCGCACGGCUGAGAUGGUGGCGGUCAACGGCUUCCUCUACCGUUUUGACCUCAAUCGCAGCCUGGGCAUCAGUGUGUACCGCUGCAGUGCCAGCGCCCGCCUCUGGUAUGAGUGCGCCGCGUACCGGACACCCUACCCGGAUGCCUUCCAGUGCGCCGUGGUGGGCGACCUCGUCUACUGCGUGGGCCGCCGGCGCAUGCUGUGCUUCCUGGCCGACCACGUCUCGCCCAGGUUUGUGCCCAAGGAGCUGCGGAGCUUCCCCUCACCGCGGGGCACCCUCCUGCCCACCGUCCUGACCCUGCCCCUCCCCGAGGUGCCUCAGACCAGGGUCUAG